GCUUGACAAUGCCAUGAGCACUUCUGCCGGGUCUCGACUCGGCCCUGAAAAUGCGCCGCCCACCGGAGCCUCACUACAGCUUCACGAUACCCUCGGUACACGAUGACACACCGCUCGAUUGCCGCAUAUACCUCCCACAUGUCCUACUCCGGCCGGAUGACCCGGAGGACAUUGCGAAAUGGAAGAGGAGAGGCAUUGUAAUGGCGCAUCCGUAUGCGCCCAUGGGCGGCAGUUACGAUGACCGAGUCGUCGGCAUAGUGAUUGACGAGUUUUUGCAUGCCGGCUUCAUAGUGGGCGCAUUCAACUUCAGAGGUGCUCAUGGAUCCAAGGGGCGAACCAGUUGGUCUGGCCGGCCCGAACUGGACGACUACACCUCUUUCGCUGCCUUCUUCAUGCACUACCUAUCCAGCCUUCAGCCUCACCUUGCCCACCAGUUGCUAUGUGUGUCGGAGCGGCCUCAAAUGCUGCAAAGUCCCGCCGAUCCAGUGUCGACACCAGGCAAUGCUUGUCCCAUAGUCGUACUAGGAGGCUACUCGUAUGGCUCGCUGAUCCUCAGACAUCUGCCGCCUGUACCAACCAUACUGAAACCAUUUGCUGCUCCCGAGGCCGGCUCUGCCGCCGACGAGAUCGUCUUGCGAUCCCACAAGCUGGCAGAUCAAACCAACAUGGAAUGGGUAGCCCUGACUCGAGAUGAAACCCGAGCCAGAAAGCCCAAAGCGAAGCAAACCGCCCGACCCUCGAUUACCAUGGGCGGAGAAGAGACGAGUCCGGGGAAAAGGAGAAGCAGCAGAGAGAUUCGACGAAGCUUCGAGGGAACGCGCCUGGAAAUACGGUCGAAGCUGAGGAGGCUGAGCCACGGGAAGCGCGAGAAGAGCGAGCCCACGACACCGCCGCCAGCUGUGAAAAGCGAAGACUUUGCCAUGCCGGAUACUCGCUAUCUCCUCAUAUCACCGCUGACUACACCCAUCUCCUCACUGGCGGCACCGGCACUAAUCCACCGGCUCUGGGGCAAAUCCAAGGACGACGGCCACGAAAUAGUCGGGAAGCACAUGUGCCUCGCCAUCUACGGCAAUCAGGACAUCUUCAGUUCAGCAAAGAAGCUUCGCGAGUGGGCCGAGCGCCUGAAAGAUGCGCCUGCAUCGCGCUUCUACAGUGUGGAGGUAGAAGGCGCAGGCCAUUUCUGGGUCGAACACGGAGUUGAAACGAGAUUGAGAGUCGCCCUGGAACAAUGGGCCAUGGAUAUGUAAAGUGGCAUGUUAAUCAGCAUGCAAGCGUGAGAGGUCAUGCUAUGCUUUGACUCGCACUCAGUGUCACUUCGUCAUUGAGAAUCACAAACAGAGUCACGUAAUAAAUCAUAAAAGGCAUUCUAUAUAAUAGUGCUAGUCUCACACUCUAAUGCAUACACCACAC